CAUGAAAGGCAGUGGCUGAUUGAUCCCGCUUUAGUGGGUUACACCGGUCACUAGUCAGAAACUGACAUACGACUCAAUUAACAUCUUUUAACUCCUUCCAUCAAAUUAUAUUCAUCUAACUUUUUUGAUUUUCGAGCACCUGCCCUGAAGAUACAGCCAUACACCCGCUUGCUCUAUACUUGAUCGGGAGUUGGACCAUCCAGCUGCGCAGGAGAGCUCCCCUGCGAGACGCGUCAUGGGAUCCGAGAGAAUCACAGCCGCUUUCUGCAUGUACACCUGAAGAUUUUUGUUGGAUUACGAAGCGCCUUUAAAAAAAGAAAAAAAGAAGAACUAAUCGAUUUACUGAUAUAAAGAAGAUAUUUUUUUCAGUCACCCGGACUUAUUGCGUCUUCCAGGGACUCUAUAACUUAAUUUCUCACACACGUUUUGGAUUUUGGUGAAGAGUUGACAUGAUGAUACCAUCCGACUGCCUCAAAUUGGCUAUCGUCUUGUGUUGCUCAUCGCUCACAAACGGACAUUCGGAGAGAGAGCACCACUUGCCUAGAAUUCAGCCCCCUGAGAAUCCCAUCAUUCUUCAUAAGGGCGAUUCGCUAAACCUUAUGUGCAGAGGUCAUGGCCAGCUGAACUGGACAUUCCAGUCCGUUUCACCAGAAGAGGAGAUGAAGGAGCAGCAGUGUGAUUCCAGACGUCACCCUCGCUUACGCUGCAGCAAACUGCACAUCGCACAUUUAAGAGCCAAUCACACAGGGAUGUACAGCUGUAAAGAUGGCUCAAACCACGUCACUAGAACCUACAUCUAUGUUAAAGAUCCUGAGCAACCAUUUGUGGAGCCCCAUGAUUCAACACCUCACAUCCUGAGCAUCUUCAGACAUGAGACCAAACUCAUUAUCCCCUGCAGGACGUCCGAUCCUGAUACUCAAGUAGAGCUGUUAGCGAUUCCGAGUCUUGGAGAAAACAUUGUUAAGGAAAAAAAAUGGGAUCCAAAGGUGGGAUUCAAGAUUCCCUACGGUCCCUCCGCUGUGUACAAUAUUAUCACCUGUGUUACCAUGGCCCAUGGUCGUCAGUUCAAGUCAAUGUACAUCCCUAGGAGACGGACUAUUCAUUUGGAGAAUGUGAAGAUUACCCCAGGGAAUGUCACUCUGCUGGUUGGAGAUACCCUGAUGCUCAACUGUACUGGAGAUACCUCCUAUAAUGGAAGAAUCAAUUUCACCUGGGAUUUUCCAGGGAUAAAAGAAAAUCGUCAUUUCACGAACAAGACCAGGGACAACCCUGCUCAGGUUUUUACAAUGAGCAAGGCUUUAGUGUUACCAAAUAUUACCAUGGAGAAUAAGGGGUUUUACUAUUGCAAUGCUGAGAUUGAACCCAAAAAAUACAAGACGGUCGUUGCAAACGUUAUGGUCUAUGAGCAUCCAUUCCUCAACAUCUCCUAUAAGCAAGACCGUCAUUCUACAGUGACUGUCAAGGAAGGUAAAAGGAAGUUUGUCUUUGAGCCCAUGGUCAAUGCUCUGCCAAAACCAGACAUAAAAACAUGGUCUAAAGAUGGGGUCCCUAUCGAGAAGAAUUCCACCUGUUACAAGAUGAAGGAUUUCAACUUGAUCAUCACUGAUUUGCAGCAAAAGCAUGCUGGUGUCUAUACCAUAAGCCUGGGCAACCAAGUGGUGGGCCUGUACAGGAAUCUGAGCUUUACUCUGGUAGUCCACGUAAAGCCAACUAUUUUGGAGGUUGAGCUUGCAAAUGUGGACGUGCAUCCGUACAUGUUUGGCAAACAGCAUCAGCUAACCUGCACUGUUUACGGGUUGCCCAUGCCAAGCAUCACUUGGUUCUGGCAACCGUGUCCCUCAGAGCCGACACUUAAACAGUGAGUCACCAUCUCUUGCAAUAACACAGAGCGAAUCAAGGUCCAACAUGAAGACAGGGGAAAUUACUCUCACAACUCGAUUAAGAGCAUAAACAUCAAACCUGAACUGGUUCAAGGGAAAAAAAAGGCUGUUAGUACCCUGGUGAUAGGAUACGCCAAGAUGUCAGGAAAAUACUUCUGUGAGGCCCAAAAUGAGGUUGGGUCCAGCACAAUGCAGUUCCCUUUCUACGUUGAUGAUGAAACUGAGGGAAUUGCCAUCAAACCUCGUACAGCCAUCGUGGGGGAUAACGUCAAUUUGACCUGUCGGGCCUCUCGUUACCUCUACACAGAUCUACAAUGGUUGGAUUCCAGGAAUCAAACAGUUACUUCUAAUGUGUCAAGUCUAAAGUUCAGCAACUACUCCAUCUCCCGUUCUCUUUACCUGCAUAAUGUGUCCAAAAACAGCACUAAAGGUUACAAGUGCGAGGCAUACAAGGUCAACAAUAGGUCUGAACUUAAGACCGCUGCACUUAGUAUGAAUGAAAGACAACAGCCAUGGCUGAGUCAAAAUCUGACAAAUCGGGAUGUGAACAGUAGCAGCACCCUGGUGCUGUCUUGCAUUGCUCUGGGAGUUCCCCAUCCCAACAUCACAUGGUACAAAAAUGGCAUUCCAGUGACAGGAGGCCCAGGUAUCACACUGGGAGCGAGCGGGAAUCUGACCAUUGAAAGGGUGAAGAAAGAUGAUGAGGGUCUGUAUGAGUGUAUAGCCAGCAAUGCUGAGGGUGUCGCGAAAACAAGUGCUGUCGUCACUGUGCUCGGAGAGAAGCCAAACAUUGAGGUUAUCAUUCUGGUGUGUACGGGAGCUGCAGCUACGUUCCUCUGGCUCAUGCUCAUCCUCUUCAUCCGCAAGCUAAGGAAGCAACCAGCACACUAUAAGAUGGGUCCAUCCAUCAUCAUUGACCCUGACGAGUGUCCCCUCGAGGAUCAGAAUGACCUCCUUCAGUAUGACAGCAGCAAAUGGGAGUUUCCCCGCGACCGCCUGCGACUAGGCAAAACUCUUGGCCAUGGAGCUUUUGGAAAAGUGGUGGAGGCCUCGGCCUUUGGGAUCGACAAGCUCUCAACCUGCAAGACUGUUGCUGUCAAAAUGCUGAAAGGAGGCGCUACAUCAAAUGAGCGAAAAGCUCUUAUGUCGGAGUUAAAGAUCCUGAUCCACAUUGGUCAUCACCUGAACGUGGUCAACCUGCUCGGAGCUUGCACAAAGCCUGGAGGUCCAUUGAUGAUGAUAGUGGAGUUCUGCAAAUACGGUAACUUGUCCAACUAUUUGAGAAGCAAGAGAGAUGACUUCAUUGUAUACAAGAGCCAGGACGGUAAGGUGGUGUCAUCCGGAUCAGGCUGCGAGCUGAGCGAGCUAAUGAAGCGCCGCCUGGAGAGCGUGGCCAGCACCGGAAGCUCAGCCAGCUCUGGCUUCAUCGAAGAUAAGAGCUACUGCGACUCAGAGGAAGAGGAAGAAGAAUCUGAGGAUUUAUAUAAGAGGAUCCUGACAUUGGAAGAUUUAAUCUGCUACAGUUUCCAAGUUGCAAAAGGCAUGGAGUUCUUGGCCUCACGCAAGUGCAUCCACCGUGAUUUGGCUGCACGAAACAUUCUACUGUCUGAGAAUAAUGUUGUGAAGAUUUGUGAUUUCGGACUUGCCAGAGACAUCUACAAAGACCCGGAUUAUGUGCGCAAAGGAGAUGCUAGACUGCCGCUCAAGUGGAUGGCACCCGAGGCCAUUUUCGACAAGAUUUACACGACUCAGAGUGACGUGUGGUCCUUUGGUGUUCUCAUGUGGGAGAUCUUCUCUCUGGGUGCCUCGCCGUACCCUGGCGUCCAAAUUGAUGAGGAAUUUUGCUGCAGGCUGAAAGAAGGGACCAGGAUGAGAGCCCCAGAAUACUCUUCUUCUGAAAUAUAUCAGACCAUGUUGGACUGCUGGCAUGGGGAGCCACUGGAGCGGCCAACCUUCACUGAGCUGGUGGAAAGACUGGGAGACCUGCUUCAGGCCAGCGUGCAGCAGGAGGGGAAGCACUACAUACCCAUCAACACAGCCCUGCUGGCCAAGGUAGGAGACCUGUCUGCCACCAAGACGUCAGAGGAGACGCCAUCAAGACCCCUCUCCCACCGUGACUCAGGGAGCACCUGGAACAUCAAGAUCCGUCCCGCUAGCGUCAAAACCUUCGAUGAGGUUACCAUGGAGGAUGGGACAAAUGAGAACCACGAGAGCGGUCAGUCAGACAGUGGGAUGGGUUUGUCCUCUGACAACAUGAAGACUCUGAAGCGUCUGGAGUCGUUGGCAGGCCGACCUCUGAGCAUCAUGGCUCUAGCGAUGAAGGCAGCAAGUAAGAGUAAAGAGUCUGUGCUGACCGACACUGAAAAGGAGAAAUUCCCACCAACAGUUUCCUCUCUGGACUUCAGUCUGGAUGACUCAGCUCUGGAUGACGACCUGGAGUGUCACAGCCCGCCGCCUGACUACAACUAUGUGGUGCGCUACUCCACCCCACCUGUGUAACCUCUUGCUCCGCCCCUAGAGAAUCUGACCGACAGCCUCGGACCCACCGCUUUAUUCCUCUGUUUUGACUCUAAUGUGUGGACUGUUCUUUACCAAACAUUUGAGAGAGGGAAGAAAACAAAAUCUCUCUUUACGUGUUUCUAAAGGACACUAUGAAAUGACUCCUGAAUCAACUCUUAACUAGCGUCUUCCAACUUGCAGGGCGCCUGCUGUGCAACAAAAGGAAACCUGUAAGCUGUUCAUUCCUUCCCAGUUUUCAGAUGUAGGCUGACGUUAAUGCUGCUGGUCCGUUCCACAUUCACUGUGAUAUGUCAAACAGCUGAAAACAGGCUCAGGUAUUUCUUUGAUCUACUGUGAAAACAAACCACAAAGAUUCGAACUUCACCACAGAUUCAAACUAACUACCAUCGGACGCUUUUAAAGUUUAUAUUGAGACUAUUUUAUAUCUGUUGUAAUUUUCUUUAUGUAAAUGAAAAACUGGAAAGUGUUUUGUUAAGAAGGUCAAAAGUGAUGUUGAUCCGUCCAUAUGAAGGUUUAGUUUUGCCUAAAGAAAAAAAAAGCAGAUGGAUACCAUGGAAACCAGUAUAACAACGGUUAUUAAUUAUGAAAGGUCUCGUAUUUGAGGUGUCAUUGCUCCUGUACUUUCAUAAAAAGCUCAUUUAACUCAGGUUGAC